AUGACCAGGAAAGACUUUCUUAGACCUGAAAUGAGUAAGGAAUACACUCAUCUUUGUAGUCAAUCUAGACCUUUUACAAAAUUCUUAUUUGGGGACGAUGUCUCCAAGUCGGCUAAGGAGAUUGAGGACUGUUCCAAGAUCAGUAAUAAGAUGUUUGAUCGUAGACCUUUUCGAGGAGGUCCUGCCCGCCGAAUGUUGAAUAGAGGAUUUCGUUUCCGAGGCGGUUAUGGCCGAGGGGUAAAAAUGGGAUCAGUUGACAUUCGUCAUGCAUACUAUUCUAUAAAGAUUGCUGAAGAACAGCAAAAAUGUUUUUGUUUCAUUUGGCGUAAACAAAUCUACCAGUAUACCUGUUUAGCAAAUGGCGUUAGUGAAGGCCCUCGUCUGUUUACGAAACUUUUGAAACCAGUAUAUGCACGAUUACGUAGUUUGGGCUAUGUAAAUUCUGGAUUUAUUGAUGAUAGUUUUUUGUUGGGUGAUAGUUAUAAUGAAUGUGAAGAAAAUAUCAAAGCCACUGUUAACUUAAUGUUACAGGUAGGAUUCAUUAUAAAUGAAGAAAAGUCUGUAUUAAUUCCAACAACAAAAUUACUUUACUUAGGGAACAUAAUUGAUUCUGAAGGCAUGGUAGUUACUUUGCCUAAAGAAAGACAAGAUAAAAUUGUUUUGGAAUGUCAAAACUUAUGUAAUAAAUCUGUAGCUUCAAUAAGGCAGGUUGCAAAGGUUAUUGGUUUGAUAGUUGCAAGUUUUUCUGCAGUAGACUAUGGGAAACUGCAUUAUCGACAAUUAGAGUUGGCAAAAACAUUUUAUUUAAAGAAGAAUUUUGGGAAUUAUAAUGCUUUUAUGCCAGUGACUGAUAAAAUGAGAACUGAACUAACUUGGUGGGUUAACAAUUUGAGACAACAAUCACGAUCAAUAAAUAGGUCAACCCCUAAUACCAUUAUUGAAACGGAUGCCUCGUUUCUUGGAUGGGGGGCUAAAUAUAAAGAUAUUAGAACAGGCGGCAGAUGGCUUGUUGAAGAAAAGCUUCUUAACAUAAAUGUAUUGGAAUUGUUAGCAAUAUUUUAUGCAUUACGAUCGUUUCGAGAACAUGUUGUUUCCCAGCAUGUAAAAAUAAUGUCGGAUAAUACUACAGCUGUAAGUUAUAUCAAUAAUAUGGGUGGAACUGUAUCCUUACAGUGUAAUAAGAUUGCUGUUGAAAUUUGGACCUGGUGUAUAGCUAAUGACAUAUGGUUAACUGCUGCACAUAUUGCAGGCAAAGAAAAUUUAGAGGCUGAUCAGGCUUCUAGAAAAUUUAAAGAUAAUCUGGAAUGGAAACUGGAUGAGAAAAUUUUUAAUAAGAUUUGUGAUUUGUGGGUCUGUUAG